UCCACCUGCUUUCUGCUCUUUCUCCUGCGACACACAGACCAAAAAAGAGAGGCUUCUCUUCUCUUGUCAAAGCUAUAUUGGAUGGCCAUUAUAUCUUGUGGAAGUACAUGGGUUGCACAAUGGGGUCUUCGUCCUCAGUUUAUGCCAAGAUCUUAUGUCCGAAACCGACUGACAACAGCUCAAUCUGGUGUCACAAGUAGAAUAAGCUUUUUGGGACCACUGAGUUCAAGCUUAUUUUCACGCAAUUCCUUACCUUUGUUGUCCUAUGCGGGGUUAUCUCAAACAUCAAAUCGACAUAGGGCAUCGCGGUUCACCGUUAGAGCUGAUGCUGAUUUCUAUGCUGUGCUUGGGGUGUCCAAAAAUUCAAGUAAAUCUGAAAUUAAAAGUGCUUAUCGGAAGCUUGCUCGGAAUUAUCAUCCAGAUGUGAACAAGGAGCCCGGAGCAGAGCAAAAGUUCAAGGAAAUUAGCAAUGCAUAUGAGGUAUUAUCAGAUGAUGAGAAACGAUCUCUAUACGACAGGUAUGGCGAAGCUGGACUUAAGGGUGCCGGUAUGGGCAUGGGGGAUUUCAGCAAUCCUUUUGAUCUGUUUGAGUCACUGUUUGAGGGCAUGGGUGGCAUGGGCGGCAUGGGCAUGGGUGGCCGAAGUUCCAGGAAUAGAGCAGUUGAUGGUCAAGAUGAAUAUUACAAUCUUGUCUUGAAUUUUAAGGAAGCAGUUUUUGGAGUUGAGAAAGAGAUUGAGAUAUCCCGACUUGAGAGUUGUGGAACUUGUAAUGGCUCAGGUGCAAAACCAGGCACUGAACCAACCAAGUGUAGUACAUGUGGCGGGCAAGGUCAGGUAGUCUCAUCAGCAAGGACUCCCUUGGGUGUCUUCCAGCAAGUAAUGACUUGCUCCUCGUGUGGUGGUACUGGGGAAAUUUCAACCCCUUGUAAUACAUGCUCUGGGGAUGGACGGGUGAGGAAAACAAAGCGGAUCAGUUUGAAAGUUCCGGCUGGGGUGGACUCAGGCAGCCGUUUAAGGGUUCGCUCUGAAGGUAAUGCUGGAAGGAGAGGUGGGUCCCCUGGUGAUCUUUUUGUUAUUAUUGAAGUUAUCCCAGACCCUGUCCUAAAACGUGAUGAUACCAACAUAUUAUAUACCUGCAAAGUGUCAUACAUAGAUGCAAUAUUGGGGACAACAAUAAAGGUUCCAACAGUGGAUGGGAUGGUUGAUUUGAAGAUCCCAGCAGGAACCCAGCCAAAUACAACACUUGUAAUGGCUAAGAAAGGGGUUCCUUUACUAAAUAAAAGCAACAUGAGGGGCGACCAGUUGGUCCGUGUACAAGUUGAAAUUCCAAAGAGAUUGAGCAGUGAAGAGAGGAAGCUCAUUGAGGAGCUUGCUGAUUUAAGCAAGGGCAAGACAGCAAGCAGUAGGAGAUAGUUGCUGGGGCAUGUUUCUGCCCAUCAGUUAGGUUUCAUCUGCCAUGGAAAAUGCACUAGGAGAUAAGAUACUAGCUAGUGUUUGAAACGUGGAAAUUACAGGGCCUGCAUAGAAUUUUAUCAGUUCUCAAGCAAUGAAACUGCUAAAAAGAAAAGUGGGAAUCUGUAGAAGGUAAAAGGUAAUUUUAUAAUAUGAUAAUUUUGUUCCUUAAAACGAAAUCUUAGCAGAAACGAGGAGGCAAAACAAAGAAUGGAGAUUGAAGAUAGAUAGGUCUCUUUUUAUUGAGUCUUCAACUUUAAUGCCUUAUUUUGUUUAUUAUUCUUUGGGAUUGAACUAAAUUGCUAGUCAGUUUUUUUCAGCUUGUGAUGAAUAUAAAACAUGCACUUCA